AUGGCGUCCGCCGGAAUCAGCAGCAUGGGGAAUGGCAAGGCCGUGCGUGCGCUGCUCGCCAUCGUCGCCGUCAUCGCCGGUACGCUCCGUCAUUCGCUCCGCUCUCUCGCCCCGCGCUCUCAUGCGCCAUCGUGCUCACGCCGUCAUGCGUUCAAUGCACCACUCGACAGCGCGCACACGCGAUGGAUGCCCAACGAACUCGCUCCUUCGUCCGUGCCCCUCCCAUGCCACAUGCCGCUCCCUUGCAGCGUGUCUCCCCCAGCCGUCGCAAGCAGCAGCAGCAGCGAGCGUGUCGGUCCCAGUGCCGAUAGGCACGCCGAUGACAAUCAACGGGCGCACAUUCAAAUUCUCGCCGCGCCGCUGUGUCAACCUUCCCGCCAUGUCGCCGUCUCAGAAGGCGCGGGUGGUGGUGCCGUGGCAGCAGGCGAGCAUGUCUGGCAAGGCUAUGUGCCGCGCGAUCUGGUUCUUCCAGGAUCCCGCGUGCAAAGGACAGACGUUGGACGUUUUCGUGAAUGGCCAACAGAGGUGCGCCUUCCAUUCUUGCUCGCCUUGCUUCCAUGCUCCUAUGCUCUUGAUGCCGCUCGUUUGCUCCCCCACCUGAUCAACGAUCGUUGCACUCGUGGCGCCCUCCCUCCCCCUGUGUGCAGUGAGAAGCGCAUCUCCGGUGCAGCAAGGUCCGCCCUCUGCCUCGUAGACAACAUGUGUCGGUAUGCGCGCUGCCCUGCCGGCUCUGACACAUGCACCCCACCCACGGACGACCGCACGGCAGUGACGUGCGCGUGCAAGAAAGGCUACAGCGCGGCUGCCCUGCCAACUCCGAGUGUGCCAAACGCACCAGUGGGCACUGGAAUGGAGUUGCAAGUGUAA